UCAAGACCUUACUUUCCAGAUCCUCAGUUUUCUCAGCGCACUCACAAUGAUGGGAGGGCAGAUUCGCUAUCACCAUUCUUGGAUGGAUCAUCAAAACAGGCUAGUACUAGCUCUGGACGUUUUUCAUCAUAUGACGACAGAACAGUGCUAUGUGGAGUGCACAAAUAUUUACCUUGACCUCAUUGAUAUUUCGGUUACCAAACUAUAGUACGGAUAGUGGUAUACUGCGAAUGUCACCGCUAUACGUUUGACAAGUUCAUCUCUCACCCACACCCAUUCUCUAACAAUAUGACCAUAGUCUCAAAUGACCCCACUUGGUGGCCGUCCAUCAAUGCAUAUCGUUUUGCUAGCUAUUUUGGAGUUGCCGCCUUUGUUGGGGUGAUGUAUGAUUGGGCACUCACAUUCGGACAAGAGGUCGAACUCAUCUGGAUGCAACGCUGGUCCCUAAUGACAGUGCUGUAUCUCAGUGUGCGCUACCUUGGAAUCCUAUCUGCUGCCCUUGUUACCCUGAGCAGUCUUCCGACCAUCUCGCUGACAGAUACAGUGAGCUGGAUGAUGUACACUGUAUGGAAUUGGACGGUUUUUGUGGUAUUUGCGAUGCUGUGGGUCAUCAUCAUCACUCGGUUGCAUGCCAUGUAUCAACGAGACAGAAUGAUCCUGAUAUUUCUCGUUGUCACCUUCCUGGCGAUCAACGCUUUUAGUGGAGUGACAGCCGUAAUGUCAACGAUGCAUCCUUCGGGAGAGGAACUCAUUCUCUCCGGCACCUACCAGUGCAGGAUUAAUCAUACAGGAGAUACCCUAGUUCUGGAUUCUGCUGCUUGGAUACUCUACAUUGUGUGGGAGGUCCUCACACUAUGUCUCGCAGUCUGGAUUGCGGUAAAGCAUUUCCGUGAACUGCGAUUCCAUCCAGCAGGAGGGAUUAUUGGGGACUGUUUUACGAUGUUGAUAAAAACUCAUGUGCUUUACUUUGCGAGCUUUGUUGCUGUCUCUUGCUUCCAGCUCUUUAUGGAUUUCUCUCCAACAUCAUCAAAUAGCCAACUUCUCCUACAAGAUUCUUUGUCUGGCUUGUUUCAGAUUUUGGAGGUCGUGCAGAUGUUCGUGCUAGGACCACGGCUGAUCCUUGGCAUUCGAGAAUAUAAUGCUGAACUCGUGGCUGAUUCCGACGCAGCAACCGGCAUGACCUCAAUCGCUUUCCAGGAGCGUGUGCAUAUAUCGACUAGCAGUCGUGUGUAAUGCUCGGUGAAGUUGACGAGAACCGUUGUCUAGUGCUUGCAGGAAGCACGGGAAAUUUGUUUUUUAUCAGCUUCGUUGCGGUGCUCAAGUAGUUAUUUAGUGUCACGAAAUAGAUGUCAAGGAGACACAGGUUUAGGCGAUAUUUUCGUUGCAGUAUCUAUUCGAAUCAUUUGCUAUAGGUCUUGACAUUGACAAUAUUAAUGUUUCAACCAAUGUCCUGGAUAUCUCUACCGUACCAACGAAGGAAAGCAGUGCCCAGAACAGGAAAGUCGAGGAGCGAGAGAUGUUUAUAGGCGAUGUCGCCGGAACGUUAGAUGCAAGUUUCUAUUUGCUCCUGCUUCUCAUCUUCGAGGACAACUCGUGACCCACCUCUCGUCGUA